AUGUCUGCUGAAGUGUCUGGGAUAGCCCCAUCUAUCAUGUCUGUGAACACAGAUGUUGCAGUGCUGCAGUCAUCCAGGGAGGAGCAAGCCACUUACGCUGGUCAGGUCAUCUAUAAAAGCUUGCACCCGGAAGUGGACACAAUGAACCCUCCAGCACUGCUAGGUUCAGAAAGCUCCACAGCUCCCCUCCUACUACCUACAGACAGUGCCCUAGAGCUCUCAGGGAUGGCAGAGGGAAGGAUGUCAUCUGUGCGCCGGACGUUUUGUUUGUUUGUUCUGUUUGACCUCAUUCUCAUGUUUAUUUUAUGGGUCAUCUAUACCCAGCUAAUUGGUGAUACUGGUUUUACUGCUUUUGAGAAACAAGUAGAAAAAUACGACUUCAGAACAUCACUGUUUGACACUGUGAUGUUGUCUGCAGUCCGGUUCACUUUGUUGAUCUUAGCUUAUGCCUUAUUCAGGAUACGACAUUGGUGGAUGAUAGCGAUUUCUACAGCCUUGUCAUGUAGUUUUCUGAUAGUGAAGAUAUUUUUAUUUGAUUUUGGAGGGACAAAGAGCAGUAACAACCCACUCAGCUACUGCCUCAUCAUCAUCUCUUUUGUGCUUGCCUGGGCUGAAACCUGGUUUCUGGAUUUCAAAGUGUUGCCACAUGAGAAGAAACUGCGAGAGAGAAUUGUUAACAGCUUGGGAAGAGUUUAUGGAGCAACUCUGACUGGACCCAAUAUACAACCUACUAGAGCUGAUGAUCUUCAGUCUGUCAUCACAGAAGACAAUAAUCAGUUCUACUCUCCGGUUGACUCUCCAGAAGGUUCAGAUACAGAACAGGAAACUCGGAGCACCCGAUCAUCCCGCUCAAUGACCAGACAGGAAAAUGACUAUGUGAAAUUAGCCAAACAUUCUUGGGAAGUGUUAUGGACAUACGUUAACAGUCCUGAAUCAGACUGGAAGCUGGAGGCGGGCACCAGUGAGGUUGAGGGUGUUGUGCACAGCAAGAAGAUCAAGGGAGUCGGAAAAGUAUUCCGGCUAAAGGCUGUUAUUGACAUCCCUCCAAAAGACUUGUUUGAGGAGAUGACAUUCAAACCUGAGGAACAGCCCACGUGGAAUUCCUCCAUCAAGUCAUGUCGGGUGCUACAAGUUGUCGAUGACCACACAGACAUCCUGUACAUCGUAUCCGGGGAUCUUGCGGGCGGAGUUAUCACUAGCAGAGACUUUGUCAGUUUACGAACUUGGGGGAUCAGAGAUGGGAUCUACGUAGGGUCAGGGAUGGGGGUCACUCACCCUAGCAUGCCUCCACAGAAAAAUUAUGUUAGGGGUGAGAAUGGAGCAGGUGGUUGGGUGUACAAGCCGGUGCCUGGUGACGCCAGUCGCACUUUGUUUUUCUGGUACAUGAAUACAGAUAUCAAGGGCUGGUUCCCUCAGAAGCUGAUUGAUGCCAAUAUGGCCAAAGUACACCUAGACUUCUGCAGAGAUCUUAAAUUACACGUGAAGCGAAUAACAGGAUCCUAG